AUGGCUUUGAACUCCUUUAUAUACUCAAAGUGUGGGAUGGUGAAUAUGCUAAGAGAGUUCACUUCACACAAAGAGUUAGUUAGGCCAGCAAAGACACGAUUUUCCACUGCCUUUCUCACUUUGUCUAGGAUCCGUAAGCAAAAGGCAAAUCUUUUUCGGAUGUUCACUUCACAAAGAUGGAUUACCAGCCCCUAUUACAAGGAACCGAAUGGAAAGAAAAUUGCUAGUAUCGUGAUGAUGCCUAGUUUUUGGAAUAGUGUCGUUCGUUCAUGUAAAGUGGCUGGUCCUCUUGUAAGUGUUCUUCGGUUGGUUGAUGGAGAGAAUAGACCACCUAUGGGCUACAUAUACGAGGCUAUGGAUAGAGCCAAAGAGGCAAUUGCAGAUGCUUUUAACAAAAAUGAGGCGAGAUACCAAGAAUAUUAUGACAUUAUUGACAAUAGAUGGGAUAUUCAAUUGCAUCAGCCUUUACACGCUGCUGGCUACUAUCUUAAUCCGGAAUUUUAUUACAAAAAUCCCGAGAUUGAGAAGGAUAAAGAGGUCUCAGUUGGAUUGUACAAAUGCAUUGAACGAAUGAUUGCAGAUGUCUCGGUGCAAGAUAAAAUCGGAGAGCAAUUGGAGAUAUACAAGAGAGCAGAAGGAUUGUUUGGCUUGCCACUGGCUAUUAGACAAAAAAGGAACCGAUUUGAACAACAAAAGUUGAAUGAUUUGGUGUUUGUCAAGUACAAUAGAGCUUUGAAGCGUAGAUAUGAACUUCGUAACAUCAUUGAUCCUAUCUCAUUAAAUGAAAUUGAUAAAAGCAAUGAAUGGCUGGUUGGAAGUUUUGACAAAGAUGGUGAAAAUAAUGAGAAUGAGUAUGUUUUUUCCAAAGAGGAUGGAUUAACAUACAAAGAUGUUGAAAUUGCCUCCGGAGCCGGAGAGGCUCGUUACUCUACUAGGUCGCGUGCCUUGGUGGGAUCCUCAAAAGGGAAACAUACUACUUUGGGAUCAUUAUCUAAAAGACGUUUGAUUGAUGAAGCAAUCAUUGAGAAUGAGGACGAGGAUGAAGAAGAAAUUGAAUUUGUUGAAGAUCCAAAUCAAAAUAGUGAAGAAGAAGAUGAUUUUGUGAAUAUUGAUGAAGAUGAAGAAAAUGAUUAG